AUGGGACGGAUCUAUGGCCUCUUGACGGGUCCUCGACUGUAUCAAGUAUUUGGACAUUCUGAACGUAAAACAAAUGUAGUGGAGUACAUAGGAGAUAACACUAUGUCGUUCAUUUCAAUUUCAGGUCUUUUCUUUUUUUCAACCUCACUGGCUUUUUCACCUGUCGUAUUAAUUUUUCUGUAUAGUCGAGGAGGUUUCAAUAUUCAUACUGUACUGGCUGUACUAAAGUACACUAGUUACCUGGCUGUGUUGGCUUUCGGCGGAAGACUGGUCGGUAGGACUAUGGAUUAUGAGUAUCGCCAAUUUAUCAAUAUAUGGUUGAAAUGUAAUUGUGAUUCUUUUUUUUUUGAGGCACUGAAGCGUUAUGAUUUCGAUCUUGAUGGCGUUAACGCAGAUUUUACUGCCGUUCCGAACAAAAAUCUGUGGUACCACCAAACAAAUCAUAUCGAUGGCGGUCCGGUUACGAUGUGCGCGGCUUGGUAUGCCAUUCACGCCUUCGGUCGACACAUGCUUUAUCCUGGUUCAAUGGCCUUGCUAAACUGGGUCCUAAGUGGUAGCCUGUUGUCCGCGAGGGAUUUUAUGGUUUCCACCAAGCAAGGACACCGAGCAUGGCUUAGGUCAGCUGAAGGAGAUCUUGUUGACACGAUGAACCAGAUUCUCGUUAUUUCUUGUGAAGGAAACGCUGGUUAUUAUGAGAUAGGGAUUGCUAGUACACCCUCUCAGUUAGGUUACUCAGUACUGGGAUGGAAUCAGCCAGGGUUUGGACAGAGUUCUGGCUUGCCGUUUCCUAAGAAUACAUUGGCUGCUGCCGAUGCUGUAAUGCAGUACGCACAAAAUGUGCUCGGUUUCCGUGAAGAGGAUAUCAUUCUUUUUGGUUGGUCUAUAGGAGGAUUUCCUGCUAGUUGGCUUGCGGCAAAUUAUCCAAAUGUGAAGGCGGUUAUCCUUGAUGCGACCUUUGACGACGUUUUACCACUUGCUCAAGCAAGAAUGCCGAGGGUAUUUUCUGAUCUCGUUGAGUACGCCAUUAGAACCCACUUUGAUCUCAACAUUCAAGCUAUUAUAGCUCGCUACAAGGGUCCCAUAAAGCUUAUACGGCGGCUCCAGGAAGAAAUGUUGACCACUGUUGAUACGGGAACAGAAGCUGAGCGUCGUUCAUCAAACAGGGCAAAUUUUUUACUGAAGAGCCUUCUGCACCAGCGACACACAACUCUUAUGGUUGGUCUUGAAUCUCAGGUAGAUCGUUGGUUGGAAAUGAGUCCGCAACAUCGUGCGAUGGCAUUGCAUCCAUCCAACGAAUCUGAAUUGGCAAUUCGUCGUGCACAGCUUUUUGCUGCUUGCGAUCACUAUUUCACAGAUUUUGACGCUACACAUGUGCAACCAUUGGACCCGAGAUUCUUCAAUGUUCCCAUGCCCAUUCACGAUCUCAAAUAUCAUAAAUAA